GAGUCCAUUCACCCCAUUGGAUGGGACUAUGGAGGACAAAGGAGGAGAGACACACAUUAGUUCUCUCAGUGACCCUGUGAUUCAGGGUCUUUUCAGGGGGCUCUGGUUGGGUCUCUGUCUAGUCGCUCGGCUGCUGCGAGAGUCUGUCAUGAUCCUGAAGCUGGGACGGCUCACCCCUGGAUACUUCCGUCUCCUCCAGAGCCAGGUGUCAGGUGAGGUCCAGAUGCAGGGUCAGGGCAGCCUGGUCAACCCUGUGGCCCUCAUGAUGGCCUCCGUGGGCAUCGGAGUGUCUCUCUACAGCGCCCGCCGGAUGUCGCACACAGCCCACCUCAAACAGCCUGCUGCCUGAGGAGGCUGGACCAGGAGCAGGGAGAGAGAAGUGGACCAGGCGGAGGGAGAGAGAAGUGGACCAGGCGGAGGGAGAGAGAAGUGGACCAGGAGCAGGGAGAGAGAAGUGGACCAGGAGGAGGGAGAGAGAAGUUGACCAGGCGGCACACCACCACACACGCCAGUGGUUAGGACCUGUAACAGACUUGAAUUUUAGACUCACCAAGCAGUAUGGUUCAAUGGGUAUGUGUUGGUUGUUGUCGAUGAAAGGUUGUGUGUGUUGCUGCAGGGAUGUUGGAUGUUGGGAGGGAUGGUGAGGGGUGGAGUAAGAGCUGCUGUGUCGGCCAUGACAGUUUGAGAGUGUUUGUGAUGUACUGGAGGGAAACAUGGAAGUGUCUGAAACUAUAGAAACACCCAGAAUAAGAAUACUUUAUAAAUGUACACACCCAUGAUCCUAAUUCAAUAUGAUAUGACCUGCACACAUCCUCUAAGGCAGUGGUUCUCAACC